AUGUGUUUAUAUUCACUAUUGUUAUUGUUUUGAGAAUUUUAGGAGACAAGUUUUUAUUUAGGCAAAUAUUUAAAAAAAUUUGGAAGAUAACAUCUAAACUUAUAAUGAUAUAGAGAGUUUCAUUAUCAGUUAUAAUUCCUCAAAAAAUAAGUUGAUUUUAAUGUAGAAGAACAGGUAGCAAAAGAUUACAGAAAUUAUUUAGAAUGACUUUAUUGAAAAAAUAAGAAAUAUAAAAGUAUCUUCAUUUGAUUCAAAAAGGAGAUUUACUUAGUUUACUUCAUAGGAAAUGUUAGAAAACUAAGCAAACAUGACAUUAGAGAUGUUUUUAUUUUAUGAAUUCACAAAUAAGAAGAAAAAAAUCAUGCAUUUAAUUCAUUAACCUGAACUUAAUAAUUCUUAUUUGCUGAGGGGAUUUCUUUAGCAAGAAAGUUACACAAUAAAAGUAGUCAAAUUUCAUUAAUAAAAACCCUGUGCUAUUGUUUUGUUGAUGGAAAAUAAGAAAGAUAAUGUAAUUGAGGAACUUAAUUUAAGGAAUAAAAUAACAAUGAAGGCAUUAGAUUAUAUUGGUGAUUUGUUUAGAGAAUUAGUAAAACCUAGUUUAAUAUCAUUUUAAUGGAUUUAUAAUAAUAAAUAGAAAAAUAAAAAUAUUGUAUUCAUUAAUAAAUUAUUAAGAAAAGUAAAUAGCAAUUUAUUAAAAUGCUAUAAUGAUUUUUCAAAUAUUCAAGAUUACUUUAGUAUAAACAAAGAAUUUUAACGUUGUUUAAUAUAGAAAUUUGAUAUCAAGCAAUUUAUUGAAUCGAUAUCCUAAAAUGUAAUAAGAUAUUUUGGAGAUGACAAAGGAUUGUUCUUUACGAUCGAUUGUUAAGUUCAAGAUACAUAUGUGAAAUAAGAUUAAAAAUAACUGAAGCAAUUAUUUUUAAACUUAUUUUUUUUUAUUUUAGGAAAGCAAGCAGAAACAAAUAAUAUUCAACCAAAUUAAAUCCAUAUCACUUUAUAAUAAGAAAAAGAUGAGUCUAAUUAAUAGAUGUCAAUUAAAAUAAGAAUUGAUUACGAAGGACAUCAUUUAAGUAAAACAGCCAUAAAUAAUUUGCUAAUCAUAAAUCCUUAAACAAUUGAAGAGUUGAAGCAAAAUAGUAAAAAGGCAUUUGAUUUAUAAUUACCAAUAUCAUUGUUGAUAAUAAGGAAAAUAGGACCUCAUGAUAAAUUAACCUUAAAAUAGAAUAAUAUGAAUAAAAAUUUUAUAGAGUUUUAAAUAUUUAAUUCUCUGGAAGAGAAUUACCAUCUAUUGCCAGUAAUAUCAUUUAACCCAAAGGAUAAUAUUCUAAUAACAUAAAGUUUGCCUAAGCACUAUUCUGAAUACUUUGAUCAGAUUCCAAUUGUGUAAUUAAACUCUAUUCAGGAAUUCUGA